CGUCCCGUCGGAGCGUCUCUUCUCUAGCUAGUUUGUUACUGACCGAGUAGGGAUAUCGCAGCAGUCAGUCAAGCGGCAUCCCGAACACACACACACACACACACACACACAUACACAUACAGACACACACACACAGACACACAGAAGGAGCGAGGACGCAGAAGGAGAGAGUUUCCAGAGGGGAACAAAGAACUACUCGGCUCCUCUCGCUUCUCUCAGUCUGCUGCUGGUUGUUGUUGCGUCCCUGGUAUGACCCUGUUCAGCCCAAGACACGCGAGCAUGAGUGGAGAGUUGAAGUCCAGCCGCUCCAGGGCAGGGGGUAAGAGGGCCAACAGCACUGCUUACGGAUCUGAGUUGGACCUGGACUAUGACAGCUAUCAGGAGGACUACUAUGACAGGGUGUAUGACUACCAGCGUGUGCCGGCAUCCCUGUCUCCGUUGUCCCUGGGACCCAGCGUGGCCAAGCGACCCCGUUCCUCUUCCUACUCCUCCAGGCACAGACGCAGUCGAGACAGAACCCACUCCAAAAGCUCCAGAGCCCACUCCACCAGUUCAACCACAGCCAAGUUGGGCAUGGAGGAGUUGCAGGUGAUUAAAAAGGAGCUGACUCUGAUAAAGACACAGAUCGAUGGGCUGCUCGACAGUCUUGAAAGGAUGGACACACACAGGAACGACCACAAAGGGUCUCCCCUGAGAGAGGACAGUCCAGCUGGCUCCCCGUAUGCUCUGUCUGCCAGCAGCCCCGAGCACUCCCUCUCCUCCCUCUCUCCACCCAGCUCCCGCCAUCGAAUCCACAGGGAGAGCCCUGGCCUGAGGGAGCCCGAUGAUGACCACCACACGAUGAGCAACCACAGCUCCGACCCUGAGGAGGAAAUAUGAGGGCGGAAACUCAGAAGACGUAGGAUACGUGGAUUAAGUGCCAAACGCUGAGGAAGAGAGCAACAAGAGAACAACAACCACCAAGUCAUAUCAGAGGCUUCGUUCCCCAAAUGGGUGUACAUAUCAGAUAACACAAUACAUUUAACUGUAUAUAACAGCAGCUUGGUUUCCAUGACUGUACUUUAAAGUAAAACAAAAACAUUGACGCAGAUGACUCACGCAUAUAUGUGGAUCUAAUCGACAGGAAUGGAUGAUAGCCUGAGAGAGUGAGUCGUGAUUCAAUCUAGAAAGUAAUAAUAAAGAAUGGAUGAAAGCAGGUUAAUUUAACCUGUUCUUCUGCAUGAGUGGGUUUGCACAAACACCAAUAUUCCAGUAUUAAUUCCAAUUAGAAAAUACAGUUCUCUAAUUAAACAUUACAUAACCAGCUUAUCAGUUAGUAUUCUUGAAUUCAGACCGCACAUGAAGAAUGACACUAUGCAGUAAUAAUCUAUGUGUAGUUAUGGUGAUAUAAACUUUCUGCUGCUUCAACAGUUUCUCCCAAAAAAAGAAACAACUAAGGAAAAUAUUUCAAAUGAAAAUGAAAGCAUUUACUUUCUCUUUAAAAGUUAUUAUUUUAUUUUAAGUUUUUAUUCAUCUUUAAUGAGAUAAUGCACAAAUAAUAUAAAAGCAGUAAUACUAAUGAAUCAUGAGCUAUUAUAAACCAUGUAAACAGUUAAGUUUAAUAUUAUUGUCAAUUUUAAUAUAAGGGUAAAACUGGAAUAUUGUGUGCAUGUAGGGUAAAUGUAAAAAUCCACUUUGUGGAUCUCAAAGUAUUUUGACUUGUGAAAGCAAACAACAUGUGUGCUCAAAUUUGAUCUCUGGAGAAGUUGACAGUCAACUGUCAGAUUUUCUUCAUUGUAUCACAUCAUUCAGAGAGAAAAAGAGUUUGAUUUUUUGUGCUUGUAAGUUUCAGUAAGCUACUUCUCUGUGUGUACUUCUGAAAGAAAUGUUAUACAGAUGUAUUAGAGGAUUGUUGCAAUUCUCUUCCCAUAUGUAUUUGGCACUUACAUGCAAAGCCCAGGUCAGUGUGUAACAUUGUGUAUUAUUGUAAAACCUUACUGUAAUUGUUCAGCUGUCUGAUUUUAGUGUUGCUUUAGGAUUUAUCUUCUCCUUUUUUUAAACAAUGAUGUUAUCAUAAUUCUUAUAGUGUUACAUGUUUUUGUUUGCGAUGUUAAGAUAAGCCAAGUGGAAAUACUCAUUGUCACAGUAGUAAAAGUAUUUUCAUAUUGACUAUA